AAGCAACUUUUUUGCGACAUCCUCUGUGAGGUUCCAAAAGAUUAACAAUCAGAACUACCAAAAGUACGUUGACCAAAGACCAUUGCGUCGUGGACAUGUGGACGGAAGACGAAUGCCAAAUGUGUAUUUAAUACACAAGUCUCUCAAGCCGAACAAGUCAACAACCAUCACUCGAGACGGUCGCCAUCAACGAAAACAUUCAUUGCAGAAAUUCGUUUUAGCUGAACGCAGAAACCUUCCUUUUCAAACAACCCAAUCGAAAACCAUUGCAAGACUUUAAACAUGCCUUCUUACCUCGUAACUGGGGUGAACCGUGGCAUUGGUUGGGCGUUCCUCCGUAACAUCUCGGAUGACCCCAACAACACCAUCAUCGGCACCGUCCGCGACAAGGCAUCCGCCGAGAAGAAAAUCGCCGACGAGCUUGGGGGCCGAUCCAACAUUCACAUUGUCGAGGUCGAAUUGACAAGCUACGAGAGCAUCCAGAAAUCCGUCGAUGUUGUGUCGCAGAUCACCGGCGGCAAGCUCGACUACAUCAUCGCUAAUGCAGCCUACGUCUCAGACUGGAAGGCAUUCGAGCCCAUUGGAAAACUGGGAGACCACCCCAAAGAGCUCGAGGACGACCUCCUGCAGGCCUUCAAGGUCAACGUCGUCGGAAACGUCCACCUCUUCAACCUUUAUAUCCCGCUUGUCCUCCAGAGCGACGUCAAGAAGGUCAUCACCAUCAGCUCAGGCAUGGCGGACAUCGACCUGAUCAAUCAAUACCGGCUCUACAACUUGACCCCCUACUCCAUCAGCAAGGGAGCCGUGAACAUCGCCGUCAGCAAGUUCCACGCCCAGUACGCCGCGGACGGGGUGCUGUUCAUGGGCAUCUGUCCCGGGAUAGUCGAAACGGGGCACAACAGCUACUUAGUGCAGCCAGACCAGCUGGAGGGUGCUCAGAAGGUAGCUGCGAUUUUCAACGAGUAUGCGCCCGGUGCAGUCUCCCGGGCUCCGGAGGACUCCGUCAAGGACGUUAUGAAGGUCAUCUACGAAUCCAGUCUCGAGAACGGUCGUGGAGGUGCCUACAUUUCUCACCUGGGCUCCAAGAGAUGGCUGUGAACUGUGGAGCAGGGGAUAUAACGCGGACCCGCGAGACGGGAGUGUUCGCACCCAAAGUCAUCUCUCCAUGCUGAUCUGCCUUCAAACUCGAGACAGCUACUAUUGUGCUUGUGUUCUUGAUCUCGGCGGCUUAGAAGGCCAAGGUUGCGCGUGGCACUUCUUGUCGAAGUUGACCUGUAUGUAGAGAUGCCGUCAGCAAUCCAGAC